CCACAGACAGGGGAGUGGUCUGAUCAUAAAAAAUGGACUGAGCUCGACCACAACUUCCCCCUGCUGCUCAACCCUGGCUUUCUUUGUAGCACUGCGUCAUCACCACACUAAACCAACCGACUCGUCUGCCCUGCUCAACCUAUAUGCUGGUUACUGACUGAGCAGUCCGACGCCCGGUAAAAAGAGCUUGUCGCCGCUGUCUACUGUUGCGGUGUGUCCUAUUGUAUCCUUGUUGCUGUGACAAUGGGAGGCAGAUUCCAGGUUCUUUCAGUUCUUCCUCUGUGGUUGUGCUUUGGCAGCGCUGCGGCCCUGGUUGAGCCUCAGAUCUGCUACAUCCUGGACGCCAUCUUGUUUCUGUACGGUAUCAUCCUCACCGUGCUAUACUGCAGGAUCAAGUAUUUCCCACAGACGGCUCCGGCGACUGGGACUGGGACAGCAAAGCCAGUGAAUGCAGAGGAGAGCAUCUAUACGGGAUUGACUCCUCAUGCUGCAGACACCUACCAGAGCAUCGGUCAGAAGAAAGGCUUGCACUAGUCCGAGGAUGAGUUGAAGAAAGAGAAAGUUUGACUCUUUCCAUUUGUUAAAUCACUUUAGUGUUUCCAGGUAUUUCCCAUGCAUCUUAUGUAUUUAUUUAACAUAGCUUUUGAGCGAAAAUGUAACGUUUUUAAAAAAAAAUAUUUGCAAUUCAUAUGUGAAAGCCUCCUUUGUAUGUUGUGGUAUGUGUCUCGAAAGAGAGAGAAACGUGAGAAGAGCAAAAGAGGGAAGAAGUUGAGCAGUGGGUAAAAAUGUAUUUACGAUUGUUUUGACAGUAGCUAGGUUUGCAUCCAAUUUGCGACAGAUUUUCAUGUAAAUAUGAUCAAAUCUGCAUAAAAUAAUAUGCGUAUUUUCCCACCAGAUAUGUUUUACUGACUUUAUGAGGAUACAAUCCUGUGCGUGAUAACGUAGUGCACGUACAAAUAUAUUUUACGGUUAAAUUCCCAUGUACCGAAUGAAAAAUACAAUUUCUAUUGCAUUUUCAACUCUACUGAAAAUUAGUCACAAAAACUGUUGCAUUGAAUAGAAAAAGUACCCGAGUUGGUCUUGGCACAUGCGCUCUAGCCAACACCUAGCAGAUACCGUGCGGGUAGGCUACCUGUUAUGAGAUUAUUAUAAGAGCGAUAUUAUUUGUAAUGGUCAAACCUAAUCAUCGUUCGUCAUCUCACCAGUAUAAAACCCUCGAUGUUAAUUGUAUAGGAGCAAGCAAGCCAACAUCUUGAACAUUCACCACCCUGUGAAGUUCAUAAUUUAUUUCCUCUGUAGCCAAAUAAACUGCAUGCUUUCCCGAGUCGUAGUGGGAGAACCACACAACAUAUCAUUUCGUGACUCCCAAAUUUACUUCGAUAUGAUGGUUAUUAUAUCAAUAUUUGCGCAGAAAACGUUUCCGCCGCCAUUUCUCGCAUAAUUAAUUUUACCGACACAAAAGUAUCCCACCAUGUCGAACGAACAAAUUGUCUGUCAGUAUAAGAUUGUACAGGUGUUGUGUCAAAAAUCUCCCCUCUGCCAGAAUCGCCCCCCCCCCUUCUAAUUUCCUUCAUUUUGUUGCUAGAGUCAAAUACUUUCUGUGGCACACAUCAGAGUCAAAUACUUUCUAUAGAACAAACUUCACGUCAGGAUUGGCAACUGAAAUUAAUAAUCAAUGUAUGUGUGCUAUAAUUAAACAAAGGAGGGAGUAAAAUGUUGGCAAGGAAUAAACAUUUCAGAACAACUAUGGCUGAAUUAUUAUCUUUACAGAGAUGACGAAUUUUGGCAAAAAUAUGUAUUUAUAGACUAAUACAAAUCAGUAGCGGAUUUAGGAACUGGCGGCAUCUUGCCGGGGGCGGCACGGGGCGUUGAAGGGGGGGUCGCCCAGGGCGCCAUACAAACUAGAACGGCCACAUACACUUGAAACAAAUAGCCAAACCGAAAACUGAGUGAAGAGCUGAAAUCUCAACUAGCAGGCAAGUCGCAGCAAUGACGAACGCGGGGGGGGAAGGGGGGGAAUUCCGGCAUUUCAUGUUUCCAUAGCCCGGUCGUGACUUUUUUCAUGCGUCAGGUAAUUCUGCAUGAAAUGGAUGGAAAACUUGUUUGUGCAGCCUAUGUCUCCUUUGUAUGAUGCUUAUACUGAGUUUUUUUUUUUUUUAUCUAGCUCGAGAAUGAUGUUUUUGGUAUUUUCAAAACGAACGUCUCAAAUAUUUUUUAUAUAGGUUCAUAUACCGUUUUAUCAAAUCAUGUACAGUUUUUAACUAUUGAUAUUGGUGUUCUGAGUGUAUUUUUGGUAUUUUCAAAGUUUCAAAGUUUCUAUGGUGCAUAAUACAUUCUAAUAAAAUAUCAAACUGA